GUUACCACCAUCUCCAGUUUACAUAUCAAAACAGUGAAGCCUGACAAUGUCUGCUCCUCCACAGACGUACGUUACUCUUAACAAUGGUGUCAAGAUGCCUGCAAUCGGAUUGGGAUGUUGGUCUGGUCUGACCGACGAACAGCAUGAGGCGGCACGUCCUUGGAUUCUCUCAGCUCUCAAAGUUGGUUAUAGGCACCUUGAUACUGCGCAUGAUUAUGGUACAGAAGGUGCAGUUGGUAAGGCUGUCAGGGAGUCUGGUAUUCCUCGAGAGGAGAUCCAUGUAACCACCAAACUGCCUCUCCAUCACCAUGCGAGGGUUGCCGAUUCUAUCGAGCAGUCGCUCACAAAUGCGGGGUUUGAUUAUUACGACCUUUGGUUGAUGCACUGGCCCCAAGCGAUGGCAAACAUCGAUGACAAGCCAAACCCUCGUUACCCUGGUCCGAAUGGAGAGCCUGACAAUGGUGACUUCAUCAUGGAUGACAAGACUAGUUUCAACCAGACGUGGACCGAUAUGGAGAAGAUAUACCAGUCGGGGAAAGUGAAAGCUAUCGGUGUCAGUAAUUUCAGUGUGAAAAAUUUAAAGAAGCUUCUGCAAACUGCAAAGAUCAUCCCAGCGGUAAACCAGGUUGAGAUGCAUCCUCAUCAAACGCAACCUGAAUUACUGGAGUUUUGCCGGGAGAAAGGGAUUAUCCUGACCGCCUAUCGCCCGACUGGUUUCCCAAAGGUUGCGGAUGAUCCGACAAUGAUUAAGCUCGCCGAAAAUUACAAAGUCUCCCCAACGCAGAUUAAUUUGGCAUGGGACCUUGCAAGAGGAACAACUGCGAUUCCUAAGAGUACUAACGAGGGAAGACAGAGGGCAAACUUACUGGAACUUCCAACACUGUCAAAGGAGGAUAUUGAGCUGAUCAACUCUCUGAACAAGAAUGAACAUUAUUGCGGCUAUCCUGAACCACGGGAACGAAAUGGAGAGAAGCUGGUCUUUGGUUGGACAUACACUCAGAUGGGCUGGUGA